AUGUAUGCUGCGACCGAGGAGCAUGAUGGCGAAGCGACAUGUGUCGCCGACGACAAUGACACCCUGGAGCAAGAUGACGGAGCCGACACGUCGGAAGACGAAGACGAACCCCAGGUCACCCUGAGGGAAAGCUACACACACGAGAAAUUGUGCGUGAUGGGUUUCCUUAGGGACGACCUGGGCAACGACUGGCGCUCAGUCGUGAGGAUGUAUAAUCAGUACUGGUAUCCCGAUAACCCUAAGAGUGUCUGCAAGGACGCUCUGUACUCACUGUACAAGAAAGAAGCACCCAAGGGUGAUCGUGACAAUGCCGGCAUCCUCGGGACUGAUAACGACUCAGCAUGGCUGACCACCCAAAGAACGAGUCAGAACAACGAAGCGACAUGUGUCGUCGAAGGCAGUAACACCCUCGAACAAGGAGACGCCACCGACACGUCGGAAGAUGAAGAUGUAGAAGAAGAGCAACCCGCGCCCCGGCGCCUAGGUGCCCUUACUGUCAUCAUCGCCGCGUUUGCGGUCAUCGUGACCUAA